GUAGAAAUGAGGGUUGUUUCGACGAGUAAAGCGUUUUAUCACUUCUAAUAGUGGAAGGAUUUCGGAUACGGCACCUGUGCCAGACACUUUUGGUACCGUUACUAAUCCUCUUAUCAUGAAAUAAAAACAUCCUGAACCAGAAGUCAAAUCGGUUUCUGUAUAAUUUAUUUAUUCGCUGUUAGUUUUCAGUAGUCGCUUUAUUACGUUUUCCUGGAAGUAUAUCAUGGCUCCAACUUUCUUUUAAAAUCUUGAGAAAUAUUUACAUAUAUAUCGAGGCGAGAUAGGCGUGCUCUAAGAUUAUCUCCGUCCAGCCCGCUGGGGCUAAUGAAGAUUAGAAACUGGCCAAAGACCCCGACCCAGCAAAGACGAUAACCUUCACCCGGGAGGAAACUGGCACUCAGCAGCUAUUAGUGUGAAUCUUUCCAGCAUCAUGAUGGGGAGACUCACUUCUGCACUAGCGCUCCUGGUGGUAGCGAGCGUAGCAUUUGGAGCCAAGGCACCGUCCAAGACUGUCAUGCAUCCCGCCUUCAGCAACGCCGGCCGCAAAGAAGGCAUCGAGAUAUGGAGGAUUGUGAGUUUUGAACCACAGCCUGUAGAUAAAAAAGAAUUUGGUAAAUUCUAUGAAGGAGAUUCCUAUAUUCUCCUACAUUCAAAAGAAGAUAAGUCCAAAAAAGGAACUUUUACAUGGGACAUUUAUUUCUGGCUUGGAUCUAAAACAUCACAGGAUGAAUCCGGAGCUGCAGCAAUAUUAUCUGUAGAACUUGAUGAUUCUCUUGGAGGUGGGCCAGUACAGCACAGGGAAGUUCAAGAACAUGAAUCACAGCAGUUCCUCAGUCUCUUCAAGCCUGCUGGUAUCAGGUAUGUUCCUGGAGGUGCUGCCUCAGGUUUCCAGCAUGUUGAUAUCAAUGCACCAGGAGAGAAGAAACUGUAUCAAGUUAAAGGAAAGAAGAAUAUAAGAGUCAAACAGGUGGCAGUGGAUAUAAAAUCUAUGAAUAAGGGAGACUGCUUCAUCUUGGACACAGGACGUGAGAUUUAUGUUUAUGUUGGACCAAAAGCGAAAGGAACAGAAAAGAUUAAAGCAGCCAGUGCAGCCAAUCAGAUAAGAGAUCAGGAUCAUGCUGGAAGGGCACAUGUGACAGUUAUAGAUGCUUCAAGUUCACAAACUGAAGUCCAGAAAUUCUUUAGUGAAUUAGGAUCUGGAUCUGCUAAUCAGGUGCCUAAUGAACCUCCAGCUGAUGAUGAUCAAGAAUUUGAAAGGAAUUUGGAUGCAACUGUUGCUCUCUACAAAGUUUCUGACGCUGGAGGUAAACUUGUAUCUGAGAAAAUCUCAGAGAAGCCUUUGAAGAAAUCAAUGCUUAAAUCUGAGGACUGUUUUAUUCUUGAUACACUAACAUCAGGAAUAUAUGUGUGGGUUGGAAAAGGGUCAACAACACAAGAAAAGGUUAAAGCUCUGGAACUAGGUCAGAAUUUCAUUGCUUCAAAUAAAUACCCAUCGUGGACCAAGAUGCAAAGGAUCGUUGAAUUAGCUGAACCAUCUGCUUUCAGAGAAUAUUUCUCUGACUGGAGUAAUGCUCAACUAACCAGUGGAAUCGGAAGAGGAUCAUCAUCACCAAGAAAGGGACGAUCAAUAAGACAGUGCGGGCUAGCAAAGGGAUUCAUGCCAGAUGAAGGAAAAGGUGAAACAGAGAUAUGGAGAGUUGAAAAAUUCAAACUCGCACCUGUGCCACCAACCAAGUAUGGAAUCUUCUUCUCAGGGGAUUCAUACGUUAUAAAAUACAGUUAUGAUACACCAACUGGAAGGAAGCAUGUUAUCUAUUAUUGGCAGGGUAAAGACAGCACCAAUGAUGAAAAAGCAGUUGCUGCAUUGGAAGCUGUAAGACUUGAUAAUGAAGUUGGAGGAAAGGCUAUACAAGUUCGUGUAGAACAGGGCAAUGAGCCAUCACACUUUCUAAAAAUGUUUCAUGGCAAUAUGAUAGCCCUUCAGGGAGGAAUUAAGAGUGGUUUUCGAAACGUCAACGAUUCUGACUCUUAUGAUACUGAUGGUGUUCGUUUAUUCCAGGUGUCCGGAAGCUGUGAAGAUGAUAUAAAAGUCAUUCAGGUUCCUGAAGUAACAGCAUCUCUGAAUACUAAUGAUGUUUUUCUUUUAGAAACACCUUCAAAAGCUUAUUUAUGGGUGGGAUUGGGUUGCAACCAUGCUGAAGAAGCAAUCGGACAAAAGGUGAAGAGCAAAAUGUGUGCUAAUAAAGAGCUGAAUGUGUUAAGGGAAGGAGAGGAGCCAACAGAUUUCUGGGAAAUUUUAGGAGGAAAGGGAGCCUAUACAACAGAACUUGAAGAAUCAACCACUCAGUUACAGACUCGCCUGUUCCAUUGCUAUAUGAAUAGCUAUGGGCGAAUCAAAAUUGAAGAAAUCCCCAACUUCUCUCAGGAGGACAUGAAUGCUGAUGAUGUAAUGAUCCUGGACGCAGGUGAUGCAGUAUAUGUUUGGAUUGGAAAUGAUGCUUCUUCAGAAGAAAAGACCAAUGCUUAUGAAUUAGUUAAGAAUUACCUGAGGAAUAAACAACGAACUGAAAAUGCUGUGAUCACAAUAAAGCAAGGAAAAGAACCUCAACAUUUCCUUAAUUUCUUUGAAACUUGGGAUGAUGAAUACUGGACUAAACAACCUUCUCUGGAUGCUUUGAGGAUAAAUGAAAUACAAGAUUCUUUCUAAAUUAAUCAAAAUACCGUUUUGGAGAAAGAAAUGAAUUUUAAUAUCUAAAUAUUUUACAAAUAAGUAUAUUUUUAAUAUUAAAUAAAGAAAAAAGCAACACUCUAUUGUAUCAUAAAUAAUUAAAAACAAAUAAAUAGUUAUUUAUUUACAAAACCUACAACUGGAAAAUCAUUAAAGAAUUCUUUUAGAACAACAGGAAACAAUGACAUAACUUUGAAACAUUCUCCCAUUUUAUCAGUAUCCAUGAUCAUGUGGUAAC